UAUAGAAAUGAUGUGUGAACAUCGAGUUUAUUUAAUUUAGUAGCAGUGUUGUGAUUUAACGGAUAUCACCAGAAAGAUACGUCACCCUAAGGAGAGUACUAUGGAAGAAGUAUCCCCUGAGAAUGCUAAGGUGUCGGAUUCCGGAUAUUCUAACACCUGUAGCAAUAGUCAAUCGCAACGGAGUAGUGGCAGCUCGAUUUCGAGAAACAGCAACCGCUCCGAAAGUAGCGGUUAUUGCGGUAGGCGUCCUUCGACAUUUGGAUCCAGCAAUGAAGCACUACCGCAGCCAAUCAGCAAAAGAAAGGAUAAAGAACACAAGAAGAAGAAGUCGAAGGCGAUUUUGGCUGUUAAUGCUGAGGCAGAUAUUACCCUGAAAAGUGCCGGCACACCGCCGGAGGCCGUGUCUUAUAAUGUCGCCGUCCCAACGAAACCUAUACUUGAAAAGAAACCAGAAGAAAUAGCCACCGUUGAAUUGGUGGAUGCAACGGAUCCUGGCGAGCACAACGGCGAUACUGUCACAGAUGUGGAAGCAGGACUUGCUUCUCGUACGAAUCCUCUGGAUGAUUCCAUCUCUCAAGCCAAUGAGGGAUUUUGUGCAGUGAUUUCGAUGCAUGACGGCCUCGUGUUAUACACGACUCCCUCAAUAUGCACAGCUCUAGGAUAUCCCAAGGACGCUUGGAUCGGACGUUCUUUCAUCGACUAUGUCCAUCCCAAGGAUAAGGCCACUCUAGCUGACCAGAUUACGAGCGGAAUAGUGUCGCCGCAAGAAGAUAGACCGAAAGGUAUUAACGGUAGAAGAGCGAGUUUGUUCUGCGGAUUGCGGAAGUACACGAGAUCCUUUGUUCGGCAAUCGAACGAUCAGUAUAAGGAGGCAAGGUCGAAUUUGUACCUUCCGUUUCAUUUGACCCUCUCGUUCAGAGAUUUUCGAGACCGUGCGACUGAACAACAACACAAGACAAUGUUCCUGGUGGUUACUGCCCAACCUGUUCAUUCUGCAUAUAAAGUGCCAGAAGAAACAAUUAUAUCUUCGGUAUUCACAACCCGCCACACCGCGACGUGCCAUCUAUCCCAUGUUGAUCCCGACGUAGUUCAAUACUUUGGCUAUCUACCUCAGGAUAUGGUUGGUCGUUCGCUGUUUGACUUCUACCAUCCCGAGGAUCUGCCCUUCAUCAAAGACAUCUAUGAGACUGUGAUCAAGCUCGAAGGUGCCUCCUUCAGAUCGAAACCAUACAGGUUCGGGGUGCAGAACGGUGGCUUCGUCGUCCUCGAAACAGAGUGGUCGUCCUUUAUCAAUCCCUGGACGAAAAAACUAGAGUUUGUCGUAGGUCAACACAGAGUACUGAAAGGUCCAGCGAAUGCAGAUAUCUUUCGUGUACUACGUGCAACUGAUUACGGUCAAUUGGUCAACAUUAGCGAGGAGGUGCUGAAAGAGGCGAAGAUCAUACAAGGAGAGAUACGUACACUUCUCGACGAGAACAUCCAAAGAAAGUCAGAUAUUACCGAGCUCGACGUGUCAAAGAGGUGCAAGGACCUUGCGUCCUUCAUGGAAAAUCUACUGCAAGAGACGAAGACACCCGGUCUUGGCAAAGAUGUGCUCGCUACUGACGACAGGAGUUUUUCGGAGCACGACAGCGUGAUGCUUGGUGGGAUAUCGCCCCAUCACGAGUACUACGACAGUAAAUCGUCCACCGAGACUCCGCCAAGUUACAAUCAGCUCAACUACAACGAAAAUAUUGAAAGGUUCUUUAAGAGUAAGCCGCCGGUUGCCACCAUGUACGGCAGCGACGAAGAGAAUAUUAAUUCCAGUAAUGACGAGGGCGGAAAGACAAGUCCGAAUUCAGCAGUGAGAAAAUGCAUGUCACCAAUAAACGGAAGCGGCGCAAGCGGCAGCGGUAGCGCAGAAAACCUCAGCAGUGGCUCGAAUAAUCAAACGAGUUCGGCAAGUAGAGGCAACACGUCGAAUACAACCAGCACGGAAAGUUUCAAACCACUCACAUUGACGGAAUCGUUACUUAACCGUCACAACGAGGAUAUGGAGAAGAUGAUGAUGCAAAAGCAUCGGGAACUUCGGUCCAGCAUUAAGAACAGCGACAAAUUGAAUGAUUCACGGAUGAAAACCACCGAGAAAAUGUCGAUAGGCCCCAACAUACAUUUCAUUAAUCAAGGUCACGGCGUAAAAAGAUGCGGAAGUCAUAGCUGGGAGGGAGACAGUUUUAAAGUUUCGAAGCACGAUGAAGUAUCAAGGACAAGUACCGUCGGUCAGUUUCCUACGAAUGUUGCUACAACAGUUACAAGCAUGAGCGUCGAUCAAUCAACCGUAAUUCAGACAGGUGCUAAUAUUAACUUGUGGCAACCUUUACCGGUUACUGUACCACCUCCACCGCCUGCUCAACCACACAAUGUGCCACAGAAUACCAAUUCACAAGCAAUACCUAGAAUACCAAUACUGCCGUCGAUGAUACCAGUGUAUUACGUUCCCGUUCCCCAAACCAGUGACACCACAGUUUUAUCGCCUCGACACGAAAAACUUAGCCCACCUCAAUCAAUGCAACCACCACAACCAAAUCCCUAUAUGUUUGUGCCAGUUUCAUAUGUGACGACAAUGGCUGGUGUCAUUUAUCCUCCGGUAAUAGGUGCUCCAACAGCGGGAAUGAUGUACAGACCUUUUUUGAUCCCCGAACAAACGCCAGCCGCGCGAGAAAAUAAUCAGACUACGGUGAACAAAUGCUCCGACCGGAAACGACCCGCCAGUCAAACAACAAGCGUGAAGGUGGAACCGGGCAGCACGAUGGCUAUGUCUGAAUCCUCUAAAAAAGUACUGUCGCCCAGAAAGUUGUUCUCUUCUUGCGUGAGCAAUGACGGAGGUUGUUCGAGUUUAAUAGACGCACCGAUGCUGUUGAAUCACAAAAUUCACAAGCAGAACGAUUACAACGUGGACGAAUCGAGCUCGUCGAGCUUUUACAGUAGUUUUCUGUACAAAAGCAGCGAUAGCAGUUGCAAUCCGGACCAGAAGCCAACGGAAUAUAUGCAAGAGGACUGUGCGAAACAGCAUUAUGGUAAACGAAGAAAAGAACCACCGUGGCUUGAAGGUGUCCAAUUAACACCAGAACUAAUAUACGAGUAUCAAAUACACCCUAAAACCCUGAACGAAGUACUUCAAGCUGACAUGGACGCUUUAAAAAAUCUCAAUCAACCCCUUUUGGUGAACGAUCAACUGGGUCAACUCUACUUGGACUUAGAGGUCGAGGGAUUCGAAACUAAACUUGUUCUCGAAGACGGAAUCACUUCCAGUGGCAGCGAUAGCGGAAGCAGUAGUGGAAGUUGGACGGCAGGCACAAUGUCGCAGCAAAAACAUAGGAGGAGAAUGGUGAAGUACGGUAAACUCGUAAUGAUUCAUGAAGAAAAUGCACCAUUUCCACCGGCGCUACCACCUCAAACCGUACCUUGCCAGGAGUUAUAG